AUGACUACGCAGGGCGGGUUGCUUAAAGGAUUUGGUACUAUGACUGCAGAUAGAUCUUUAUAUAUCGGGAAUGUUAACUCUAACAUAACCAGUGACCUACUUUAUGAACUUUUUCUCCAGGCAGGACCGUUAGAAGAUGUUACUGUCAAGGGUACAUUUGCUUUCGUGACAUUUGAGGAUGAAGAAUCUGUUCCAUAUGCUUGUACACUUUUCGAAGGUCUCACAUUACACGGAACAGAACUAAUUGUUCGUCCAAAACAAAACUCAAAGUUUUCUAACAUGAGGAUUCAUUCUGUUCCACCAUUUGCCCACCAAUUUCGUAGAUCUAAACACGAUUCUCCCCGUUCAGUCUCACCUUGUAGGAACCACUACAGAGAAAGUACUGAACCCGUUCGCUAUGCAAAUCGCCAGCAGGAUUUCACCCCGUGUUUCUACCUUCCGUCUCCUGGAUGGCAUGGGUUUAAUAGCCCAGAGCCGAACUAUUCUUUUCGAUCUGAAUACCAUCGUAAUUCUCCUGUACCACCGUUUGGUCUUACACCUCCUGGAUGGGCAUGCAGCCCUCCAACAUACCCUAUAGUCCGUUCAGUGGAGAGAGAGAGGUUUGAAGAACGCUAUAGACCGUCAAGACUUCCAAGAGGUGCUGGCCUAAGAGACCGUAGUCCUCCUCACUACCAUGAAGAUUACAAACAUAAAACAUCUUUCGAAAAGCGUUAUAGAUAG